UUCUACAUAGAGUUGCCAGAGGUCAGGUUUGGUCCGGGUUGUCAUUUGGUCAUAACCUGGUCAUAACCAGUGAUAACUUGAUCGUUUGAAUCAUUUAUUAAUGAAAAAAUGUUAAUUUCACGAGGUGCAGCGAUUUUAAAAAAUGGAUAUCACUAUAAACAGGCCAAAAGUGUAGCGACAAAUUUGAAAUUUGUUCGCUUUUCGCAUGCGAACUGGUGUUAUCGUGCUCCACCCCCGCCAGGGAGACUUGAUGUAAUAACAGCAGAAGUAACAGGUGGAAUUGUAUGGUGGUGGACUCUAUGGCAUCUUUAUUAUGGUUGGGAGGUCCUUCUGAAGGGUGAAAUACCAGCUCCAAUUCCAGAGCACUGGACAGAUGAAGAAUUAGGAAUCCCACCGGAUGAUGAUGAAUAAAUAACCUAGGUACAUUAUCUUUAUAAAUAUAAAAUCCUCUGUUCUGAGUUAAAUAUAAAGCCACAAUUGCAUUCAGUAAAGUUUCCAACGUAGUACUCAAGAUAAUAACAAAUACAUUGGUAAACACUCAACUUCUGUAUACUGUUUCAAUAAAUAAUCUGUUUGAGUAAA